AUGGGCAGUGGCAACAAUGGCAGCGGUAACGGACACGGUGGUACCAAUGGCGGUAACAACAACAACAACAACAACAACGGCAACAACGGAGGUGGCAACAGUGGGAAUGGCGGUAAUACGACACAGGUCACUAGUGGAAACGAACGCGGAACCGAUGUAGAUUAUGACGAUGGGCACCAUCGAAUGGUUCCGAUAUACACUGCCAGCAUGAUGAGGACGGCGGCGGGUGGCACCGGUGGUGGAGGUGGCGGCUAUGUCAUCGACUACGGUGCUGGUACUGCACAUGACAACAGUACCUUUGGACACUAUACGACCGUGGCGACCAGAGCGGCCGUCACCUAUAUGGCGACCAAUCCGACGGCGGUCAUUCACUAUCAACCGGACGGAGGUCGGAAAUUCAAAUCGAAAGGCAAGCAACAGCAGGAGACCGUCGCAAUCUGCGACGACAACGAUGACGACGACGACGACAACAAUGGCGACAGUGAGAAACUGGGCUACAAUAAUAUAUUUGCAUCACUGCUGAGAACUACUACACUUUAA